UUUACAUAGAAAACCGAAAACGACAUAUAAUUUGGAACAAAAAAAUUUCUCUAAAACGAUUUAUAUUAAAAAACGGAGGGAGUAUCUUUCUUAUUUUUAAGUAGUGUAGAAAAAUGAAAAAAUUUAUUUGUUUCAUUAUAUUGUACAUUGGUUAGUGUUUAUACAUUUGAAUUUUAAUUAUUUUAGUAGAAUACUGAUAUAGUUUAUGUAUGAAUACAUAUUAUACAAUACAAAUUCACUUUUAUAUGUAACUCGAUAAAAUUAAAAAUAAAACUAGAGAUGAAAUUCAUUUUUGAAGAAAGAUACAAUAAAAAAUUAUAUACGUUUAUAUAAAUGUAUAUAUGUUUAUAUAAAUUUAUAGAUGGAAAUUAUUAAUUUAUGAUUUUAAUGAGACUAUAUAUUUACAUAAGAUUUUUCAAAAUAGUAUUAUCUUAUUAUUUAUCGAAUAAUUUUUAUUUUGCACCGAUUCAAGUUGAGACCGGAAAAAUAUAGUGUUUAUUAAUUUAUAAGGUUUCUCCUGUAAUAAAUUAAAUAACUAUAUAGUACUCCCGCUGUUUCACAAAGAGUGUCAAUUAUACAUUUUUCACACAUAUUAAGGAACUCAUUAAAACGUAUUUAUGUUUUCAUUAAUAUCACAAAUCUAACCAAUGGAAUUUCAGAUAAAUAGAUUUAUUUAUAAAAUCAAUGCAUUUUGCAAUUAAUUUUGAGCUGAAAGGUUGAAUAAGUUGCAUUGGUAUUGUAAAAUGACAUUUUUUGUGAAACAAGAAAAAUGAGCUAAAUUGACACUUAAUAUGAAACAGAGGGAGUAUAUCAUAGUGUCAAAACUAUUGGCAAUUCUAAGUUCAAAAAAAAAGUAUUGGCAGUUCUGAUGAUGCAUCCCAAGAAUAAAUAUUUUUUUUUGUAAAGACAACUUAUAAAUCAAUGAAUAAAACACUAAGACAUGAUGUUAAAAAAAUGCAGGAAACAAAUUCUGAAAAUGAUUUAUCAAAAAAUCAAAUUCUGAAAAUGUUUUCGAAAUAGUAGUUUUUUUUUUGUUCAAAAGAGUAGUUAACAAUCGUUUAUUUGCUUACGUACAUGAAAAUUUGUAAAAAUGCAUCGGACGACGGACAUGUUAUCUGACAGAAGAAGUUACUAACAGAACAGUAUACGUAAUUAUAGAUAUAUUGCUGGGGCACAACGAUCAAGAUAUUUUAAUGAUAAGAGAGGGAGCUUCUAUUCUCUAUUUUUUUUGUUACAAAACACUGUUUUUCUUCAUUUCACGAAAUCUCCUAAUCCCAAGAGAGUCAAAUCAUCUUCUAGUUAAGUAUCUGCCUUAGAUUAAUUGCUAACUCUCAUGCACAUACUUAUCAUACAGAAUAUUAGUAAUUUAUUGUGCUGAAUACUCUAACCCAAGAUUCCCGGACGAUGGUCCGAGAGUAUCAUUGUACAAAAUUAAAUUUAUCUAUUAGAUUAGCCAUUUCAAUCUUUUUUUACCAAUGCUAGAGAUAUUUUUAUAAGGAUAUAUGUAAUGUAUAAUUUCUAUUUUGACAAUGAUAAAGGCAAAUCACUAUGGAUCUCACUUUCCAAUCGGUUGCAGCAAGAACCACAAGUCCUUGAGUUAUAUUUAUAGGUUUGUUGUACUCUCAAAACCCUAAUCCGUUUCAUGAGUUUAAAACUUGCAUCGCCAUUGAUUUUUUUUUUAAUAGAGUCCAAGAAAAAGUGGUGUAUUUUUCGGGUUAAAAUUCUAACCAAGAAUUUUUUGCUUAUGAUGUAUUCAAUAACCAAGGUUCAAAAUAUACUUUGAUAAACACUAGCCUGACACAUGAAACUUCGAUGCCGAAAAUAGCUCUAAGAUCAAUGACGAAUCUUUUUUAAGCAUACACGUGAUUUUUGUGUCCCCCUAGACCAUCUUAGGGAGUCCAUGUUUUCAAACUUUCAGUGGAAAAUCUUGAUUAACUCAUUAAACUAAUCCGUAUCAGUAAUCAACAGCUUGCAUCUCAGAAAUAUGUUAGUAUCAUCACAUGCCAGACACAAUCAAUACACUAUUUAAUAAGCCCAUAUACCUGUAUAAUGUGACUAGCUAUUAUUUACACUCUUUACAUAAAUAUUCCACUAGGUCUUGUAGUAGUACUAUUUAAUAACUCCAUCAAAUAACUACUCAUACAAUCUCUUUACUUUUCUCUUUCUAUAUAUGAUCUCUCUCGUCCAUCUUCCAAAGAAACAAAAAUAAUGAGGAAAAAAGUAAGUACUAGUGGUGAAGAAGGAAACAAUGAGUACAAGAAAGGUUUGUGGACUGUAGAAGAAGACAAGAUCCUCAUGGAUUAUGUCAAAGCUCAUGGCAAAGGUCAUUGGAAUCGUAUAGCCAAAAAGACUGGUUUAAAGAGAUGUGGAAAGAGUUGUCGAUUGAGGUGGAUGAAUUAUCUCAGCCCAAAUGUUAAAAGAGGCAAUUUCACCGAGCAAGAAGAAGAUCUUAUCAUUAGGCUCCACAAGUUGCUUGGUAAUAGGUGGUCCUUGAUUGCUAAAAGAGUGCCGGGUCGGACGGAUAACCAAGUGAAGAAUUAUUGGAACACACAUCUGAGUAAGAAACUUGGAAACAAAGAUCCAAAAACCAAGCCGAGUAAUGGUGAUAUUGUCCAUCAGACCAGUCUCACAAAUCCUACUGAAACAUUAGAAGAAACAAAUAUCUCAAAUAUUAAUGAUAACAGUGAGAUUCAAGAAGAUCGUCAAGGAAGUAACUAUUUGAGUUCACAUUGGGUCCAUGAUGAUGAGUUUGAGCUAAGUUCACUCACCAACAUGAUGGAUUUUAUAGACGGACACUGCUUUUGAUGUUUUUUAAUUUAGCUUUGGUUUUCAUUUAGUCUUGUUAAGUUGUUAUCUUCAUAGCUGAUCAAACACUAAUACAUCAACAAUCUUUGAUUAAAAGUUGUCAAUGUGUUAAUGUAUAAUUGGCUAAGUCUUUUAAUUAGGUUAACUUUCUUGGGUUAUAUAUAUGCGUGAAAACUCUAUGCAUCAAUAUAUGUUAUGUUUGUAUCUUCCUAAGCAAUAUUUUUGUAUUUUCUUGUGUCAAAUGUUCAUAUAACUAAACAUGUUAAAUAUAAGUUCAACUUAUAAUCUGAAAUUAAAAAAAUAACUAGAUUUUGACACGCACAUUUUAUAAAUGUUUUAGAUAUAUAAUUUCCAUUUUAGUGUUAUAUAUUGUGUAACUCUAUAACAUUAUUAUUAUUUAUUUAUUAUUCAAUAUUAUAAAUAUAUAGUAAUUUUUCAUACAUUUUACUUUAUUAUUAAUUUUUAUUACUUACGAAUAUAUUUUCGAAUUAGAUACAACAAAAUAAAAAUCUAAAAUAAUCAAUUAGAGAGCCUCCUUCAAAAUAUUUUUUCUUUAAUUUAUACAUUUGCAUGUAAUACAUUUUUAAAUUUUAUUUAGAGUAUUAAUUAUAGAAAAUAUAUAUAUUUAAAAUAAUUUAUAUUUACAUGUUGUGUUUACAAAAUACUAUACUUUAACAUAUAUCAUUUUAGUAUUUCACGGGAUUUAUAUGUAAGUCACUAUUUUGUUUAAAUAAUAUAAUAUAUUAUUUUAGUAAAUUUAAUUGAUAUAGGAUAUUUUUUUGAUGUUAUGAUAUUAAGCCCAGUUUUUUUAUUAAGAUUUCAAAAUAUUAUAUUUCUUUAAUUUUACAACAUAUAUAUUAUUUUUUUCAUGGUGUAUUUUAAAAAGUUAUUCUUUAUUAUCUAUGAUUUUAUAUUUUGUAUUUGUAAAAUUUGAAAUAUUAUCAUUUUGAGUUUGGAUAUAUAUUUUCAAAAUUGUAAUAUUUUUUCAAGAAUUUUUUUGAAAAUUACAAAUUCUCAAUAGAUUUUGUUAAAAUUAAAAUAAAAUAAUUAUUUAUAAUUAAAAUUUGAUUUGUCAUUAGUAUUUUAAAUAAAUUAUUAAAAUAAUAUAAUUUUCUAAUAACAUUUUUAGAAUAGUAUAUAAACUAAAGGUUAUUAUAUACUAUUGUAUUUUUGUAUAUAAACAUUUUUAGACAAUAUAUUGUUGAGAGUUUCAAAAUAAAUAAAAAGAUAAUAUAUAGUUGUAGAUAUAAAAGUUUAACUUAUGUUAAUAAAUUUAUUUAUGUACAAAAAUAUUAUAUAGUUUACGAAUUCUAACCCAUUUUAAUGAUGAGUGAUAAUUCAAUUAAAUGAAAUAAUUUUU